CGCCUUCAUCGCGGCAGGAGCGCGUUAGCCCCACGUCUAUAGUUCCUUCUAGAAAGGGGCGUUCCUGGAAGGCGGGUGGUGGGAGCUGGAGCAGAAACAGCUGAAAGAGUUUGCUAGAAAGUGUUUCCCUCUGGGCCGGAGCAGCACCUGAGCUGAGGAUCCCGCGCAUCUGGUCAGCCUGGCCCGGAUGCAGAGGAAGAGGCUGGUGGUUCUGUGAGCAGGCCUGGCAGGGGAGUGGCGUGGGUUCCACGCUGCCCAUGGGGCUGCAGGCCCAGGGGACCCCUCCCCAGCCCCACCGGCCAGGCUCCCAGAGCCCAGAGACCUAGGCCCACUGGUAUCACCAGAAGGAGGAUCCCCGGGCCUUGGGCUCUCCUGGGGGGAUGAUGCCGGCCAAGGGGCGCUAUUUCCUCAAUGAAGGCGGAGAGGACCCGGACCAGACGGCGCUGUACGAGAAGUACCGGCUCACCAGUCAGCAUAGGCCGCUGCUGCUCACACUCCUGCUGGUGGCUGUCACUGCCUGUAUUGCCCUCAUUGUCAUCACCUUCGUCUGCGGGGACCCCUCCGGACACCAGGCUGUCCUGGGGAUGGCGUUCUUCACGCUUGCCUUGUUUGUGACUCUCUACGUGCUGGUGUAUAUGGAGUGUCUCGUCCGGCGGUGGCUCAGGACCCUGGCGCUGGUCAUCUGGGUCUGCCUCAUGAUGCUGGGCUACACGCUGGUGUUGGACUCAUGGAUGAAGGCUGCCCCGACCUGGGCGCAGGUGCCCUUUUUCCUGUUCAUCGUCUUUGUGGUGUACACACUGCUGCCCUUCAGCAUGAGGGGGGCCAUCGUGGCAGGGGGAGUCUCCAGCAUCUCCCACCUCCUGGUGCUCGGAGUUCUGAUGGGGGCCUUCACGAAGCCCAGCGACUGGGUGGUACGGCAGCUGGUGGCCAAUGCUGUCAUCUUCCUGUGUGGGAACCUCACGGGCGCCUUCCACAAGCACCAGAUGCAGGACGCCUCCCGGGAGCUCUUCACCUACGCCGUGAAGUGCAUCCAGAUCCGUCGGAAGCUGAGGAUCGAGAAACGCCAGCAGGAGAACCUGCUGCUGUCGGUGUUGCCGGCCCACAUCUCCAUGGGCAUGAAGCUCGCCAUCAUCGAGCGGCUCAAGGAGCGUGGAGACCGCCGCUAUGUGCCCGACAACAACUUCCACAGCCUGUAUGUCAAGCGGCACCAGAAUGUCAGCAUCCUUUAUGCCGACAUUGUGGGCUUCACGCGGCUGGCCAGCGACUGCUCCCCCAAAGAGUUGGUGGUGGUGCUGAAUGAGCUCUUCGGCAAGUUUGACCAGAUCGCCAAGGCCAACGAGUGCAUGCGGAUCAAGAUCCUGGGCGACUGCUACUACUGCGUGUCGGGUCUGCCUGUGUCCCUGCCCACCCAUGCCCGGAACUGCGUGAAGAUGGGGCUGGACAUCUGCGAGGCCAUUAAGCAGGUGCGAGAGGCCACGGGUGUGGACAUCAGCAUGCGUGUGGGCAUACACUCGGGGAACGUGCUGUGUGGAGUCAUUGGGCUGCGCAAGUGGCAGUAUGACGUGUGGUCCCACGACGUGUCCCUGGCCAACAGGAUGGAGGCGGCUGGAGUCCCUGGCCGGGUGCACAUCACAGAGGCGACGCUGAAGCACCUGGACAAGGCGUAUGAGGUGGAAGACGGGCACGGGCAGCAGCGAGACCCCUACCUGAAGGAGAUGAACAUUCGCACCUACCUGGUCAUCGACCCCCGGAGCCAGCAGCCGCCCCCGCCCAGCCAGCACCUCCCCAAGCCCAAGGGGGACGCAGCCCUGAAGAUGCGAGCGUCUGUGCGCAUGACACGCUACCUGGAGUCCUGGGGGGCUGCACGGCCCUUUGCACACCUCAACCACCGUGAGAGCGUGAGCAGUGGCGAGACCCCAGUCCCCAGUGGGCGGAGGCCCAAGACCAUUCCCCUGCGGCGCCACCGGACCCCUGACAGGAGUUCGUCCCCCAAGGGGCGGUCGGAGGAUGACUCAUAUGAUGAGGAGAUGCUGUCGGCCAUUGAGGGUCUGAGCUCCACGAGGCCCUGCUGCUCCAAGUCCGAUGACUUCUCCACCUUCGGGUCCAUCUUCCUGGAGAAGGAUUUCGAGCGAGAGUACCGCCUGGCUCCCAUCCCCCGGGCCCGUCACUACUUCGCCUGCGCCAGCCUCAUCUUCGUCUGCAUCCUGCUGGUCCAGGUCCUGCUCCUGCGCAGCAGGGCUGUUCUCGGUUUGUCCUUCGGGCUGGUGGCCUGUGUGGUGGCGCUGGUGCUGGGCCUGUGCUUCGCCCACGAGUUCUUGAGGUGCUGCCCUGCCCGAGGGGUGUUGCAGGCCAUCUCUGAGAGCGUGGAGACCCAGCCCCUGCUGCGCUUGUCCCUGGCCAUCCUGACUAUUGGCAGCCUGCUCAGUGUCGCCGUCGUCAACCUGCUGCUGAUGCCUUUUCUGGCCCCAGAGCUGCCUGCGGGCAACCAGACAAGCCCAAGCCCGAUGGAUGUGGGCAACACGUGUGAGCUCCUCCUGUAUUACACCUGUAGCUGCAUCCUGGCCUUUGUCGCUUGCUCGGUCUUCCUGCGGAUGAGCCUGGAGCUGAAGGUUGUGCUGUUGACCAUGGCCUUGGUGGCCUACUUGGUGCUCUUCAACAUCCACCCGUGCUGGCGGUUGGACUGCUGUGGCCUCGUAGCCAACCUCACCGAGACCAACGGUACCCUCAGCUCCCCACCGUGUGUGUGGAAGGACCCGAAGGCGAUGAUCAAUUUCUACCUGGUUCUGUUUUACGUCACCCUCCUCAUGCUCUCCAGACAGAUUGACUACUACUGCCGCUUGGACUGUUUGUGGAAGACCAAGUUCAAGAAGGAACACGAGGAGUUUGAAACCAUGGAGAAUGUGAACCGCCUUCUUCUGGAGAAUGUCUUGCCUGCCCACGUGGCCGCUCACUUCAUCGGUGACAAGUUAAAUGAGGACUGGUACCAUCAGUCCUACGACUGCGUGUGUGUCAUGUUCGCGUCCGUGCCGGACUUCAAAGUCUUCUACACGGAGUGCGACGUCAACAAGGAGGGGCUGGAGUGUCUGCGCCUGCUGAACGAGAUCAUCGCCGACUUCGAUGAGCUGCUCCUGAAGCCCAAGUUCAGCAGCGUGGAGAAGAUCAAGACCAUCGGCAGCACGUACAUGGCGGCCGCAGGGCUCAGCAGCCCCUCAGGGACCGAGAACCAGGACCUGGAGCGGCAGCGCGCGCACAUCGGCAUCAUGGUGGAGUUCAGCAUCGCCCUGAUGAGCAAGCUGGACGGCAUCAACCGGCACUCCUUCAACUCCUUCCGCCUCCGCGUCGGCAUAAACCACGGGCCCGUGAUUGCUGGAGUGAUCGGGGCACGGAAGCCUCAGUAUGACAUCUGGGGAAACACGGUCAACGUUGCUAGCCGGAUGGAGAGCACUGGAGAACUUGGCAAGAUCCAGGUUACUGAGGAGACGUGCGCCACCCUCCAGGGACUAGGUUACUCUUGCGAAUGCCGGGGACUGAUCAACGUCAAAGGCAAAGGCGAGCUGAGGACUUACUUUGUCUGUACAGACACUGCCAAGUUCCAAGGGCUGGGACUGAACUGAGGCUUCUGGUAGGUGCAGAACAUGCUGGAAGUGGAUUUCCUUCCCCGAGGCAAGCCAAGGGGACCCCUCAGCCCCACGCCAGUCACAAAGGCAUUCCCGGGGCUUGGCGGUCACUACCCAGCAGAUGGCUGUGCGUGGCUCCCUCGGACUUGUGCCAGAGGGUUUCUGGGAAGGCGCAUCAGACCCCAACCCGAGGCGACCACAGAGUCUUGCCACGCACGGGCAGCCAGGCCUCACGUGCCAUCUGAGCCCGCAGCGCAGCCUCUGGACCGUGC